GUAUCGAUGUAUCUGUAUCUAUGACUUAAGUCCGGCAUCGAUUUCACAACAACAAAAAAGUACUUGUUGCUGAACAAAAGACCCAAUAUUGAACACCGAGAAUGGAGCAGGACCACUACAUGAUUCUGGGAUUGGCCCCGUCGGCCACCGGCGAGGAUAUCGUAAAGGCCUACAGGCGGAUGGCCAUUAUUUAUCACCCGGAUAAGAAUGGCCACCCCCAAACGGAGGAGUAUUUCAAGAAGAUUAAGCUGGCGUUUGAAGUUCUUUCCGACGAGGACAGAAGGGCGAAGUACGAUCUCAGUUUAAGGAACCGUAAUAAAAGGCCUGCCGGAACCCACAACUACCAACAAAACGAUCAGGCGGAAGCCCCGGAUUUUCUUCCAGCAAUUUGCGCCAUUGGCGGUAUUUUGGUGGGUGCCUUUAUGGGAUUUAGUGCUUUCAGGGCUUUCAACGGAUCGAACCAGAAUUAAGUGCAAUCGACUUCCAUGCACUGAAAAUAUCAAAAUUGUACAUUGGGUGUGAGCAAUAAUAUAUACAUAGUUUCGGCUACAUCUCAUUUAGUUAUAGAUCAGGCGAAUUUAAACAACAUCAUAUUGGCUUAUUGAUAUGAAAAUAGCAAAAUUACAACUGUGUAUAUUAUUUUUAAAAUUCAAGGCUUGUAAAAUAUAAAUAAGUUUUUUAAUUCGA